AUAUUCAAAUUAAGGGUAAUGAAUCACUUCGAUUCAAAGGUCUGAAAACACCGUAAAGUUAGGUGUAAAGUGUCUUUGGUUCGUUCACUGAGGCUGGGUUGAGCUAUGUCUCGUGCUGUUGGAAUAGAAGAUGCUAUCUCCUGCGAGCAGCCCAAGCCGUUCGUAGCAUCCAAAUCCAGUCCCUAUCCACGUCAAGAGGGCGUUGCAAUACCUGUUCCACCAAAUUCAGGUUUGGUGGGAACAGCAAUAUCUGGAACCCUUGAAGAUGUGCGGGCAGCUGUUGAAGCCAAUAAAGAUUGCUUGAACAAGCUGGGCCCUGAGGGUCUGACAGCUUUGCAGACUGCUAUUCGAAAUGCUCGUCAUGAUGUUGCCAGAUUGCUCGUGGAGCUUGGAGCUGACGUAGAUGCCAGGGGAGCAAAGAACAGGACUGCUGUGAUGGUUGCAUGUCAGGUUGGCGCGUUGUCUAUUGUUCAUCUCUUGUAUGAGAAUGACUGCGACAUGGAGGCAGUGGAUGAGGACGGCCGUGGUUGCAUGCAUUAUGCUGCAUUCAGCUCUUCGCCGAUCAUUGUACACUACCUGCAGUAUGUAGCUGAUCUUUCUCUCCUGGUCCAUGACAACCAGAAGUCCAGUCCUCUUCAUGUUGCUGCACGGCAUCCCAAGUACACGGAGACUGUUGAUUACCUCGUGGCGCAAAAUGUGUAUAGUCUAACAGAACGUGAUAAAACUGGAUCAACGCCUCUCCACUAUGCAGCUCAAGCAAUGAACAGAACUAAUUGUUUUCGACUGAUAUGCGCCGCAAGCAACCGUGCCGAGCUGUUACAAGUCGAAGAUCGGAAUGGACACACGGCUCAGUUUCUGGUGCAGCGAGCAAAGCGGCCAGGAAGUAAGACGCUAGCUGUUGAGCUAUUGACCUGGGUGAAGAUGGGAAUGUACCAUGCGUGGUACCAUUGGUUGCUGCACUUGAGCUUCACGCCUGUCUGUAUGACCCUGCUCAUCAUUGCACUGUGCCAUCUCCCUGACUACUUGACCUUCUUCAUCGCCAUCCUGGCGCCGGUGGCGUUCGUGCGAGCGUUCCGUGACAUGACACGUGUCAACCACGUAUCCCGCUGGCCGAGUCCGCUUAUGCUGGGCACAUUCCUCGCUGGCGUCUUUCACUCGCUGCUCUGCUUCAUUGCUCAUCUUAGUCCAGUGUUCUAUGAACAUGAGGGUCUCUCAUUCGGUGUUAUCUACAACUGGUCAGUUGCAGCUCUAAUUUCCAUUGUCGUUUGGCGAAUUCUACGUCAAGAUCCUGGCCUCUGUCAAGACCCCUGUUUGAAAAAGGAUGGCACGCCUUAUGCUAUUGAGGAUGUUGCUGGAGACAUCUCCACAGACACGGUUGCCCAGCUGAAGUUUUGCAGCAAAUGCUCAAUUGUCCCUCCUCCAGUUACGAAGCACUGUCGGCUAUGUGAAGUGUGCGUGGAGAACUUUGACCACCAUUGCCUGUGGCUCAACCGCUGCGUUGGUUAUCUGAACAUGCGCCUGUUUGUCUUUCUGCUGAUGACGCUGGUCCUGACCAACCUGAGCUUUUGCAUUGGUGGAUACAGAUUUUUGCUAUACAAGAACUAUCCAGCAAGCAAUUUCCCCCAGGUCUUUCAGCUUUUGUCCAGUAAAGAACCCUGGGUAUGCUGGCUGAUGGCCAUGAAUGUGUUGUGCUGUUCCAUCGCUGCUAAGUUACUUUUGGACAAGUUGGUCGUGAUCUCUCAAGGCUGUACGGCUUACUUUGAUCAGAAUGGCCAGCGCUACACCGGAUACGGAACACUGUUGGAGGACUUGACCAGGGUUCCCAGGCAGAGUAAGACUGUUGUGCAUAUUCCACUCAAGGCUAAGCUGAUGAAUGUCGCCACGUUCCUGACCACUACGCCGAGCCGUCGACUUCGGAAGCCGAUCUUGUCGACGUAACCUACUGCUGGCUCUCUGUGUGUAAGUCUUGAGUGUGCUGCUGGUUGCAGAGCUGUUCUUCUGUUGGUGUGGAAGUGGACUACAUUGAUGCCAUUAGUCUGCUGUGAGAUAUUCAAGCAUCUUGAGCGAGAGCAGUCAGUGCUGUGGCCUUUUCAAUGCUUGUAGGUGCUGCCAUCGUCUUCACCUAGGGCAGACAUAUUGGUUACAAGCUUACUUUAAACACCGACUGCUGAGUGUGUGCGACCGGCCCCAGUACUGCCGCAUCAUGCAUGCAAACUGCUGAGGCUUUGCGAUAACCUUUACGCCCAAAACCUCUCGUUUUGGACACAGGCUUGAGAACUGGCUUUUUACUCAGUUCCUUUCCUCUUUCACCUCUUUCUCUUCCCUCCGCUUUCCUCUUUCCUUUCUUCUUGCCAUUGUCAUGAUUUCCGUCUUUCUCUCUUUACUCCCUUGCUUGAACUUGGUGCUGGCUUCCAAGUAUUCUAAAUUGACGUUGUACAGUUUAUAAGAUGUAUGCAUGAAUUAACAGACUAUGUCUCUCUCUCUCUCUCUCUCUCUCUCUCUCUCUCUCUCUCUCUCUCUCUCUCUCUCUCUCUCUCUCUCUCUCACUCACUCUCUCUCUCUCUCUCUCUCCCCAGCCAUACAUACCCGGUGUUUGGCUGUCUGGUGCUCUGCUCACACUAUAAUUAUGAUUACAUGUAACUGUAACGUGUGGUGUGCGUGGAAUUGGGCCAGCAAAGCAUUC